AGCUCAAUGGACAUGUCAGGAGAUGAUAAUGGAUCGCCUGAGUCUCAACAUUCUGUGUCUGCUUAUGAAGAGGCAUUGAUUGCUCUGUCAUCUUUGAUCACUAAAAGGAGUCGUGCUGAUAAGAGCAACAAGGGUGACCGAUUUGAUCUCAUGUUUGAUUAUCUGAAGAUGCUGGAGUUGGAUGGUCUGAUUUCCCAGAUAAAGGUUAUCCAUGUUGCUGGAACCAAAGGAAAGGGAUCUACAUGCACUUUUACGGAGUCUAUACUGCGGAACUGUGGAUUCCACACUGGUCUUUUCACAUCUCCUCACCUCAUUGAUGUCCGAGAAAGAUUUCGGUUAGAUGGAACUGACAUAUCUGAAGGGAAAUUUUUGGCAUAUUUCUGGUGGUGUUGGGAUAGAUUGAAGGAGAAGACUAAUGAUGAUGUCCCUAUGCCUACGUAUUUUCGAUUCUUGGCUUUGCUAGCGUUCAAAAUUUUUUUAGCUGAACAGGUAGAUGUUGCUAUUUUGGAGGUUGGGUUAGGAGGAAAAUUUGAUGCGACAAAUGUGGUACAAGCACCAAUUGUGUGUGGGAUAUCUUCGCUUGGGUAUGAUCACAUGGAAAUUCUUGGGCAUACCCUUGGAGAUAUUGCUGGGGAGAAGGCUGGUAUCUUCAAGCAUGGAUUUCCUGCCUUUACUGUGCCACAACCUGAUGAAGCAAUGGCUGUACUAAAGAAGGUGGCUUCUGAGUUGGAUGUACCACUUCAAAUAGUAACGCCCUUGGACAUCAGCUUGCUAAACGGUCUAGAACUUGGACUUGUUGGUGAGCAUCAAUCCAUAAAUGCAGGUCUUGCCAUUGCUUUAUGUCGUACCUGGCUUCAGAAGACUGGUCAUCUAGAAGGCAUGUAUCUAGACCAGCCUAGCUCUCUACCAGAACAGUUUAUAAGAGGUCUUACAACAGCUAGUUUGCAAGGGCGAGCACAAAUCAUCACUGAUCCAUGUGUAAGAUCAGGGGAUCUGAAAUUCUAUUUGGAUGGAGCCCACAGCCCAGAAAGCAUGGAAGUGUGUGCAAGGUGGUUUUGUCUUGCCAUCAAGGACAAUGUCCAACAGCAGAAUUCCUUGGAGGAAAAGCCCCAAAAUGCAGCCAUCAGGGAAAACUCCACACCAAUACUGUUGUUCAAUUGCAUGUCAGUGCGGGACCCCCAACUACUUCUUCCUCGCCUUAUAAAGGCCUGUUCUGAUCAUGCAGUCCACUUCCAGAAGGCCCUUUUUGUGCCCAAUAUGUCAUUAUAUAACAAAGUUGGCACCUAUGCUUUACCAUCAACUGAUCCUCAAGCUGAUUUAUCAUGGCAGCUGACACUACAAAAGCUGUGGAAUAGUCUUAUCCAUGGUGACAAAGGUAGAACUUUUACAAGUACAGAUAACCGAUCCACAAGUUCUAUACAGGAAGAAUUUAAAGAUAAUAAAGAAAAGGAAGCCACAAGUUAUGAGAGCAGUGCAGUGUUUCCUUCACUCCCAUCAGCUAUUAGAUGGCUAAGAGAUAGUGUUCAACAGAAUCGAUCUGUUCGUUUUCAGGUCCUUGUAACUGGUUCUUUACACCUAGUUGGAGAUGUAUUGAGAUUGAUCAGGCGGUGAGGCAUUUUUCUUCCCAUUCUCUUUCAUAUGGCGGUGUG